AAUACCACAAUGCAAGUGAAAGCCACAGCCCAAUUCAGCUCCUCCAGGAAUGACAGCAACUGCACCAGUGACAGCAGGAUCACCCAAGUCAUCUUCCCUUUGCUCUACACAUUUCUGUUCCUGGUGGGGAUCACUAUGAAUGGCCUGGCAAUGUGGGUCUUCUUUAAAAUAUCCAGUAAAUCCAAUUUCAUCAUCUUCCUCAAGAACACUGUAAUUUCUGACUUCCUCAUGAUCUUGACUUUUCCAUUUAAAAUCCUCAGUGAUGCAAAGCUGGUGUCCUGGGUCCUGCGAGGGUUUGUGUGCCAGGUCACCCAGGUUGUGUUUUACUUCACCAUGUACAUCAGCAUCCUGUUUCUUGGUCUGAUCACGAUUGAUCGCUAUCAGAAAGCCACAUCACCAUUCAGGACAUCAACCCCACGGAGCCUUUUAGCUGCCAAGAUCCUGUCCACAGCAAUCUGGGUGUCAAUGUUUGCUCUCUCGUUACCCAACAUGAUUUUAAAUAACAAGAAGAAAACACCCAAGAGCGUAAGGAAGUGUGCUCUCCUGAAAUCAGAGUUUGGCUUAGUCUGGCAUGAAAUUGUAAACUACAUUUGUCAGCUCAUCUUCUGGGUUAACUUAGCAGUCAUAGUGGUGUGUUACAUCCUCAUCAGCAAGGAGCUGUACAAAUCCUACAAAAGGACACGAUGCACAGGAAAGACAUCCAAAAAGACUGUCAAUCUCAAGGUUUUCAUCAUAAUUGCUGUGUUCUUUAUUUGCUUUGUGCCAUUCCACUUUACCAGAAUCCCCUACACCUUGAGCCAAACGAGAGAUGUGUUUGACUGCUCUGCCCAGAACACCCUGUUCUACCUGAAGGAGACCACGCUGUGGCUGACAUCUCUCAAUGCCUGCCUGGAUCCAUUCAUAUACUUUUUCCUUUGCAAAUCAUUUAGGAAAUCCUUGCUGGACAUGCUGUGCAAGCACAGAGCAGUGUCGGGACUUGGAGCACACACAAAGGAGCAGAACGAGGGGGAUGACACUGAUGAGACACCGCUCUAG